ACAAUGUCUCCAGGAAAUGAGACGAUUUUCUGCGAGAUACUUCCGGAAUUAUGCAGAAUUUUCGAGGAGAAGCAAUUUUCGGAUUCUCUGAAUAUUUAUUUGACUAAUUUGAGAUUCCACGGCGAGUUAUCUGGAAUUAGUGAUGACGUGGAUCUUCAAAUCGAUGGAGUCAGAUGCUCCGCGAGCUUUGAAAAGUGUCAAGCGGUGAUACAGAAGAAAAUGUCGGCAGAUGAUGAGGCAAUGUUCGGGAUUUUUGGGCAAGAAUGCUCACCUACAACAAAUCUCAACACAAUACCACCAGAAAUCGCCUGCCUAAACGCCCGCCUGAUCCUUCCUCAAGCCUCCGAUCAAUACAUUUCUCACAUUGAACUCUACAAUUACGAGAUCCCAUCUUCAGCAUUCCACGGAAUUUUCUCUUGUAAUCCAGAAGAUAUAAAGCUGAGUCAGAAGCUGAAAAAUGAGCUCUACCUGCAUGUGAACCUGAAGAAGGAGCAGCAAACAUCGAGAAGCUCGAUUUUCGAAUCGAUUUUUCUGAUGCUAGAGGAGCUGGGGAUCAUCGGGGAGAGGGUGACGAAGAUCAGCAAGCUGUGUGUUCCAUUUGUGCAUUUUGGAAAAGUUAGAAUCUCGGUGAAGAGUCAAGAAAAAUCUGGGAAUGUAAUCGUGGAAAUUUUCAACCUUUUCGGAUCCCUCUUCGGAUCCAUAAACUUCCAAGAGAUCAGCGAUGACGUUUUCUUAACAGUAAAAGCUUUGGAAGCGAGCAAGAAGCAUUUGGUGUUCAGUGAAGACUCCGAUGAAGAAGUAUGUACUGCCAGACCUUCAAGAUCAAUGGAAAUCUUAAUUUCAAUCCUCAAAGAUCAGAUGAAGCUUCUUUCUACUAGUCAUGAAGUUGAAACCACUCCUCUACCAUACCUCGGAAUCGAUUCCUUAAGACUCGCCGAGCUGGAGUACCACGUGGCUAGUCAUCCCCAAUUCCUGGAGCUCAAGUUAAAAGCCCCGUUUUUAAUUCCAUACAAGACCCUGGCUCAGAUAGCAGAGUUUUUGGAUGGGCAAGAAGCUCAUGCCAGUGAGAAAGCGCUGGGGUCCGGAACUUUGGGAACUGGAGGGUUAGUAGAAGAGCCGAUCAGGAGCAGUCAGGAAGAUGCUGAGGAAGGAAAAGCUCACAGGAUAUCGGAGAAGGCGCAUGGUACUGUAGAAACUGUUGGAAAACCUGAAAACCCACAGGAUACUCGGGAAGACGAUCAGGAGUUGGAAUCGGAGCAAGAGGCAGAAGCUCGUACAUUUUCUCUGAAAGCAGGUCACUCAGAUGAAACCUCGAAAUUCAAGAUCCCACUAUCCUCCCAACAAAAGCGAAUCCUCUUCGUCAUGGAACUCGAGAAGCCAUAUCUCUCCUCAAAUCUCCUGUCCCAAUUCGCGGAGCCCAUCUUGCUCAGGCUCUCGAACUUUCACAGGGUACAGGGCAUCCUGAACUCUCUUAUCAUGUCCCACACCAUCCUUAGAACCCAAUACUUUGAAGACUACCAGUAUCUAUUAUCAGGUACCGAGACUUUUCUGGCUAUUCUGGAGAAGUCAUCUGUUUCCAACCCACUUUCCGCAAUUCAGUGCUCCAAGUUAUCCCCCGAGACCCUUCAGCUAAUAUUCCACCACAUUUCGAUUGACGGACGAUCUCUGGCGAUUUUCUAUCAACAAUUCAAAUCAUCAUCUACUAUUGAGCUUGCUCCAAAGCUACAGUACCACGACUACUGUGCUCGCGCUGAAGAAAGCACCUCACCUGAAGAUUUAGAGUACUGGAAGAGAUACCUGGAACUUUUUUCCAGUGAAGAGAGACUUCCAGCUUCCAGCAUCUGCGCUUCCUACCUGUAUAGAACAUUCCCGGAGCGCAUACAAAAUAAAUUCGACGGUAUAUCCCGUGAACACUCAUUUUCUAGAUUCGAACUUUUCAUGGGGACCCUCGAAUUUUCCCUGCGCCGUGUUCUAGGCCAAGCGUUCGCUAUGGGGUUCGCACUCGAUCAGCGAACCUUCCCAUUUUUUGACACAAUUGGAUGUUUUACAAAUGUCCUCCCCUACUUCCCUCGGAGUAGCUCCACGAGCUUUCUGGAAUCUCUGAAAACUUGCCAGAAGACCCUGAAAGAUCAUAGAUCUCAUGGUAGCAUCCCAUUUGAAGUGAUCGCCAAGCUGUCUGGUGAAGGCGACUUGUUUCAGAUCUUUGUUGUGAGUGAUGUGGUGGAUGUGGUGGAAGAUGCCAAGAAGCGACGAGUCAGAUUUGAGGAUGAAGCUUGCGAAGUUCUGCAAAACCCGGAGGAGCUUAGGAGGAUCGCCAAGUACCCGAUGACCUGGUACCUGAGACAGUCGGACCGGUUGCAAAUUGAGGUGGAGUAUUCUGAAGAUCUAUUUAAGAAGGACACCAUAGAGCUGAUCCUUGAGGAUAUGUUCAGAAUUUUUAAUCACUUUGAGGGAGGUAGGGAAGAACCAGGCCUAAUACGAAGGAGUGAUUUUCCAAGAUCUACCGUAUCUCAAAUCAUAGGCCUAUCAGCAUCAUCUAGCCCUACUCUACGUGUCAGAUACAGCAGUAAGGAUUGGAAGUUGAACACCCGCCAGUUAGCAGGUCAUAUUCUGAAAGGACACAUCCAGAAGCAUGGCCAGCUAAUCACAGAGUACCCAUUGGUCCUGAAGAUGCCGAGAACUCCUGCGCUAGUUGAAGCAGUGCUAGCUGCUUGGGAAGCUGGGCUUUAUCCGGUGCCGAUGCACAAGGACUCUAAGGAAGCUCAGAUUGAGAAAACCUUGGAAGCGUUGGGAAUAGAGGAAGCUUUCGAUUCAAAGGAUUUGUGCCAAACAAAACUUCGAAUUUUCAACAAAUCCAUCCUAUACGACCUAGCUUACGUCACCUCAACAUCUGGAAGCACUGGGACCCCGAAACUGGUUGGAACCUCAUUUGAAGGGCACUCAAACCUGGCGCGACAGUACACCACAACAUACCAAAUUUCCUCUAGGGACACUGUAGGUCAAGUUGUGGACCCAUCAUUCGACAUUUUCUUCGCAGACAUCGUCAAGACCCUUGUCAACGGAGCACGGCUUCUACUAGCCCGCGACUCAAUUUCCACUUCGGAAGAGCUUUUGGAAUGUACGAAUGUCUAUUUGAUGCCAGCUUUUCUGUCGAGAAUUCCCUGUAUUGAGAGUUUGAAUAACCUGGAGUCCCUGCAAUAUGGAGGGGAGCCAUGUGCACCGCAUGUGCUGAAACAGAUAUUCGGAGCUCAUCAAAAUUUAAGAGUGUGGCAGGAGUUUGGGCUCACCGAGCAAACGGUCUACUCAGCCAGGCAACGGAUCUAUCCAAGAUCCUUGACGAGUUUGGACGAUCUUCGGAGGAUUGGAGAACCAUUCGAUAAUAUCCAGUUAGGUGUCGAAGGCUCUCAGCUGGUUCUCAGCGGAGUGGGACUUAUGAGAGGAUACUUUGGUGUUACAAGACAGCCACUAAACAAGUUGAAUACGGGGGAUGAGGUCUCGAAGCGAAAGCAGGGAGGUUUAAUUUUCAUGGGAAGGAAGGAUUCUCAGGUGAAGGUGCGAGGACAUAGGAUUGAUUUGUUUGAGAUAGAAUGCGCGGCUCUCUCCUCAAACCUCAUUGACUCAUGCAGCUGUGUCGUCGGUGAAAAUUGCCAGCUGGUCCUAUUCUUCAAGGAAAAUGAAAAUCCUGAUACCCAAGAAAAACUGAAGAAUCAUCUAGAGAAGGAAUUGAUAGCCUACAAGGUACCAAGCCGGCUGGUCGGCCUGGACAGCUUUCCUUUGACUCGAACUGGAAAAAUCGAUAAAAAGAAGCUGGUGGAGUUGUCCAAUGCUUCACAAACCUCUCAUGUAGGAUCUGAGGUCUUGGAGCGAAAAGCUGCAAUUUCUAUUGCCAGACUAUCCCUGACAUCCUCCCUGAAGCAUUGGCUUGAACACUAUUCAAACCUUGAAAUUCCCUCCGAUGAUGAUGAUAUCUUUACAUUGGGCGUUGAUUCAAUAGCAGUGAUGCUGGCAAUGCAGAAGCUUCGAUCUGAGAAUAUAGAGAUUCCCGUUGGCCUAUUUUUCAAGUUGAAAACUAUCAGGAAGAUUGUUUCCGGCAUGGUAGAGCCUGCUAGGGACUUUAAAAAAAUCAAGCUACCUAAUCACUUUAUUAACCUGAACCAUAUUCAACAAAGGAUCCUUUUCCUAUCGAGAAUGACGUCAUCCGACCCGUUUCGCUUAGAGUUUUCUAUCCCAGUAAAAAAUUUGGAAAAUCUGACAGUUGGAAUCAACACAGUGAUGAUUGGAAAUCAACUACUCCGGAGCAAGCUUCAACGGGUGCAGGGAGAAUAUCAAUUUUUGGUUUUAUCAGCUACCGAGGCUUAUCUUCACGCUUCCCCAUCCGGUGCAUCAAGGCCGAAAGAUCAGUUCUCGAUUCAACUCUGGAUGAGUAGCAAAAAUAAGUUAUUGACAAUUUCCAUUCACCACCUGAUCUGCGAUGGUAGAAGCCUGCAGAUUCUCGAGCACCAACUCCAGCAGGCUCUGGAAGGAGAAGCUCCGAGCUUUCAGAAUAAUUUUUAUAAUUUUUCAGAGGACCUAUGUAAAACAGAAACAGUGAAGAACACAUGGAAGACUAAAUUCCCAGAUUUUCAAAUUGGCGGGAAACUCGCCUCAAAGAUCAAACUCCAAACUUCCCGCGCUAAAAAUCUGGAGGUCGCCUAUGCCUAUGGCAGAGCUAUAGUAAAACUCUUCCAGGUAGUGUCCCCGUUCCCCAUAGCAACCACAUUUUCUAAUCGUACUCCAGAGAACUGGGAUACAGUUUCAAUGUUUGCGAAUACCCUACCAUUAAUGUUCAGCGAGGAUCUGGACCUGGACCGAUUUUUUGAUAAUUUCUACGAGCUAAUGGAGAAUUCAAAUAUCUCAUUGGACAGUGUGGUUAAACCGGGUACACUCGGGAACUUCGCGGACUUUGCUCUAAACUUCCAUAAGAACCUUGACGAUUCCCAGGAUCUUUGUCAGUUCCCACUGCUUCUCACAAUCUCGGAGGCAAAUCAUGAAGCCCAGCUGGAAUUCGAUGAAACCUUGAUUUCAAGCAACGUUGUGGAUAGUUUAAAGCAAGAAAUUCUAAAGCUCCUAGGCCUUGUAGAAGUUCGGAAGAAACUGGAACUAAUCAUAGCGGCCUUCAAAAAAUUCCUUGACAACACCGAUGUCACCAAAAGUACGGAUUUCUUCCAAGCUGGCGGGCAUUCGCUGACUGCAAUGAGGUUGAUAGAUCACUUGAGUGAUUUGCUGGAAGUUGAGAUCCCUUUGAAGCUAAUUUUCGAGCACAGAACCCCUGAAGCUUUGGAGAAGGCUCUGACACGAUCAGAAGUAGUUGAAGAACGAGAGGAUGAGCGCCGUGAAGAAUUAGAAAAAUUUAAAUUCAAAUUCCCGCUCUCCCGCCAACAACUGCAAAUGUUCUAUCUAUCCCAGAUGAAUGAGAACUCUCUGGAAUACCAACUCCCAUUUAUUCAACCAUUUCCUCAUUCUCUGGAUCCUUCAAAAAUCCACCGAUCUCUUCUCAUGACAAUGCAGGAACAAUCAGUCUUCCGAACAGUGAUUCGGUUGGAUUCAGAGACUGGAGAACCGUUUCAAGAGGUUUUAUCCUUGACUGAAGCCUUUAUUCAGUGCCAAGUGGAUUUGGUGCAUAGUGAGCCGGAACUGCAUGCAAGGAUCCGACUGCUGUGUGAUGAGCCAAUAAACGUUCUAGAAGGAUCUCCAAUGAUCCGUGCAAGCUUCAUAUCGUCACCGGAAAAACAUGUGGCAUUCCUUCACCUUCACCAUCUGAUCAGUGACGCAAGAUCCACACAGCUGACUAAUUCGACUAUGAAGCAGUUUUCGGAAGAUCCUGAGAGAACACCGAAACGUCAAAAGUUCAGCUACAUGGAUUACUGUAGGCUAGAUCAGACUUCAGAAACUUCAGAGAAGGGCUACCUCGAAACCUUGAUUACUGGGAUUGACCAAUGGAGGUUAAGAGGGAAGUCUCAAAUGGAAAAAAUUUCAGUCGAUAUUCCAAAGGAUCUCAUAGCUCGGAAGCUUAGCUCUAGCAGUGCAAGCUCCCCGUUCUCCAUAUUCCUCGAACUCAUCUCAAAAGCGUUACUCUCCACGCAGAACCUCACCAACUUCAACAUAGCCUUCCCAGUCAUCAAUCGCACCGAGACCACUGCCAAUCUCUGUGGCUAUUUCCUCAACAACUUGCUCAUCAACUCCUCCCAGCUCUUCCACCUGCCGAUGGUACUUACCUGGAACCUUCCGUACUCCGAUGUGAUAAAAGAUGUUCGACAUGGCUCCGGGAAAGCUCCGGAUGUGCCGGUUGCAGAGGUGUACAUAAAUUGCAGGUAUGACCUGGAAUUCGAUGAGACUGAUGAUGAGGUGUUGCUAGAUCUGGUGCCUCUGAAGCUGCACUUUCCAAUUGAGUUCGAUGUGGAUCUACUGGACACUUAUAGAGUUACAAUGCGUUCUGAUAGAUUCUCGGUGCCUGAGAUGCAGGUGAUCUUGAAUAUAGUUCUGAAGGGGUUCAAUGACACUCCAUGUAGAAGGAAACAUGAAAAGAUCUUCUACGGUCCUCGAAAAGACACCCCAAACCUUUCAAUUCCUUCAAUCUACCAGCAAUUCUUUACUGCUAAUUCUACCUCAAUCUUUGCCACUACCUCUAAAACUUCUACGACCUACGCCCAGGCCUACCGUCGCCUAUCCCAAUACUCCUCGUGCCUAUCCAAAAAAUUUCUGACCUCUAAAGCCCAACCUAUAAGAUCUGAUGACGUUAUUUCUGUAGCCGGGACUAGAUCAACUGAAACCACUAUGAAAUGCCUAGCCGUUCAGUUUACCGGAGCUGCCUACCUACCUAUUGAUGCAUCCUACCCGGAGGAGAGGAAGAAGACGAUUUUGAAGGAUUCAGUUUUCAAUUUUGAAUAUAACGGAAGGGUAGAUCAAGAGCCGCGCCACCGUCACUUUGCCAUCUCCACCGACUAUUGUCUCUCCUACAUUAUCACAACUUCCGGAACAACGGGUACACCGAAGUCGGUAGCAAUCGGAGCGAAAUCUCUCCUUAACCUAUUUCUCUCGUCAACUCUAACUAUGAAAUGCUCAAGCUCCAGUCGAACCUAUCAAUUCACCAAUUUUGUAUUCGACAACUCCGUUCUAGAAGUUUCAAUGAGCAUUGCCUCCCAGGGAACCCUCGUCUAUGGACCCUUAUGCUUCGACCCAGCGGACUUCGAGAAAUCGAUCGAAACUGAAGGAAUCACCCAUUGCCUUCUUUUCCCGAGCCUAGUCCAAUCUUUUAAUAUCUCAAAAAUUAAAAAUUUAGCGUACUGGGUUGUUGGAGGUGAACCUCUACCUCAAUCCCUCCUGGAUUCUGCUUUAGCGUUAGGUAUCAAGGUGAUCCAGAACUAUGGCCCGACAGAAACCACGGCUUUUGCAAUUGCUAAGCACAUGAAGAAAGGAGACGCCGGGUGCCAAAUAGGUCUUCCAGCGGUGAACUCUAAGAUCAGAAUUGUAGAAGGAGAAGAUCAAGGAGAGCUCUUAAUUUCUGGGUUGGGAAUCAUGAGAGGGUACUUGAAUCGAAAGGAAAGCCAAUGGUACGCAAGUGGAGAUGUCUGUAGAAUUGAGAAGGGCGUUGUGGAGUUUGUUGGAAGGACCGAUACUCAGAUCAAAAUCCGUGGAUAUCGUGUAGAAUUAACGGAAAUCGAGAAAACGAUCGAAUCUCGUAACGGGAUCGCAUCUUGCAAAGCUCUCUUCGAUAAAGAAUCUCAGCAGAUCCAUGUAUUCUACACCGGGGAACUCGAGAAACUAAGCUCAAACGAUGCACGAGAGCAUUGUGAGAGGUACUUGGAACCUCAUAAGAUACCUUCAACAUUUAAUGGGAUUGAUAAAUUUCCGCUGACCGGGAAUUCGAAAAUCGAUACGUUGAAGUUAAUGGAGCUGGUGAAAAAUCUACCACAUCCGACUCUCCCCAACUCCCUGGAAUCUGAUCUCUCUUCCAUAUGGACAUCUCUUCUCAACUGCCCCGAACCUUCCCCAUCUGAUCACUUUUUCCUUAUCGGAGGCCAUUCUCUGCUUCUCGUCCGUCUCCGUCACCUCAUCGAGACCAAACUCGGAAUCUCUCUGAAAGUCCCUGAGAUCCUGCAGAACUUAAAGUUCUCAGACAUGCUAGAGUUAUUGGCAAAGAAAAAGCAGCGAGCAAUUUCUGUUGUCGUUUUUCCUGCCCUUUAUGGUGGCUGCUUACCCUAUCACAAAAUGGUUGAGGAGUUGAAAAAGAGAUUUCUCGGCAAAACGAAUUUCAUUUUACUAGACGAGGAGUUUGGGGAUACGGUAGAUGAAGUGGCAAAACUGUACAGACUGCAAAUCGAGGAGAGUGCUGAAAAUAUUGAAACCUCUAAAUUGGUGUUCAUUGGCGCCUCGUCUGCUGGUACUUUUGCAUUUUCCACGUCACAACUUUUUGCCGAUGAUGACGUCACAGUGCUUUUAUUGGAUACCGGGACAUUUUGGAGUUUGAUUGAAAAGUUGGAGUUUAGGAAGCAUGAACAGGAAAUCGUGGAAAACCUGAAAAACUUCGGCGUAGAUCAAAAGACCUCCAAAUGCUUGGCUGAAACUUCCUGGAAAACUCUGCAGAUUUUGAAAAAUUACCACCCUGAAGAAUCUCGCUCAAAUGUUCAGCUUCAUGUUUUAUCAGUUGAUGGAAGCGAUUUAGGAUGGUCGAAAUAUUCAAAAAAUUUGAUAGCUCACAAAAUUCAAGGAGAUCACUACUCAAUGCUUCAGGAUUCGGAACAUGUUUUGGGUCUUGUUGGGAAAAUUGAAAUGGUUUUGAAGUCUAUUAAAUAAUGUUAUAAUUUUUGGAAUAAAAUAUGUAUAAUUUUUUAAAAAG